UCCUCUCGUUUUCCGAGCGCCUGGGGACGGCGGAGUGCGCCUGCGCGAAGUCUCGUUACGACGGAGGAGGAAAGGAAGAGCGGGACGGCUCUGGAAAGCUCCGCUCUCCCUCGGCCGGCGUCGAGAACAGCGCGAUGCAUCACUGUAAGCGCUUUCGCUCCCCUGAGGCGGAGUCAUACAUGAACCACAGCUGGAAGAGGAGGCGGUCUCGCAGCAGAGAGCAUCACGAAGGAAGGCCGCGCUAUCCCAGCCGCCGGGACCUUUCACGGAGGUCGCGUUCCAGAAGCCAGGACAGAAUGCCCUAUCAGAGACGAUACCGAGAGGAAGCGGACAACGAGGUCUACAAGUUCGACGACAGGAGCGCCUCUUUCGGAGAAGACUGUUACUCUUCCCGCCGCUCACGACACCGCCGGAGAUCCCGCGACCGAGAACGCCACCGGACCCGGAAGCGCCAGCACCGUUGCCGGAAGCGCAGGACCAGGUCUUGUAGCAGCACAUCCUCGAGAAGCCAACAGAGCAAUAAGCGCAGCAGGAGCGUGGAAGAUGACAAAGAAGGUCACCUGGUGUGCAGGAUCGGCGAUUGGCUACAAGAGCGAUACGAAAUAGUCGGGAGUCUGGGCGAGGGGACGUUUGGGAAAGUCGUGGAGUGCGUGGACCAUGCCAGGGGCAAGUCUCUGGUAGCUUUGAAAAUCAUCCGAAAUGUGGGGAAGUAUCGGGGGGAAAUGGCUCUUGACAACGGCUGGAGGUCGCACGUCCUAAAAAAAGAAAUUAAAGAGAAGGACAAGGAAAGCAAGCAGUCCAGCUUGUGCGUCCUGAUGUCAGACUGGUUUAACUUCCACGGCCACAUGUGCAUCGCCUUUGAGCUCUUGGGCAAGAACACGUUUGAGUUCCUGAAGGAAAACGACUUCCAGCCCUACCCCCUCAUGCAGAUCCGGCACAUAGCCUUCCAGCUCUGCCACGCCCUGAAGUUUCUGCAUGACAACCAACUGACUCACACGGACCUCAAGCCAGAAAACAUCCUGUUUGUAAAUUCAGACUACGACACCUUGUACAACGAGAAAAAGAGCUGCGAGAAGAAGCUGAUUGAUCAGGAACCGCGUUAUCCAGUGGCUGAUUUUUGGGGAAGCGCCACCUUACGACCGAGCAUCGCCACCACCAUCAUUGCAUUCAGUCGGCAUCGUGUGUUCCUCUUUGCAGAGCUGGGCUGGGCGCAGCCGUGCGACGUGUGGAGCAUCGGUUGCAUCCUCUUCGAGUACUACCGGGGGUUCACACUCUUCCAGACUCCACGAGGGCGAAGCACUGCUGUGAUGAUGGAGAAAAUCCUGAAGCCCCAUCCCGCCUUUUGCCAAUCUCACAUAAAACAAAGAAAUUCUCCCUGUUCUCUUAUCCUUUCUGUCUCUUCCCCACCUAGGAAGCAAAAGUAUUUUCACAAGGGGAAUUUGGUAUGGGAUGAGAACACGUCCGAUGGAAGAUACGUCCAAGAGAACUGUAAACCACUACAGACAUACAUGCUGCAUGAUUCUUCCGAGCACCUGCAGCUCUUUAACCUGAUGAGGCAAAUGUUAGCGUUCGAUCCCGCCCAGCGGAUCACGUUCUCCGAAGCCCUGCUCCACUCGUUCUUCGCCGGCCUCUCCCCGGACGAGAGGCGGCUGACUUGCCGUGACUCCAGCCGGGACCUGAGCAGAUGACGACAGGCGUGCAAGGUGGGGUUUGUCACAUAUAGUCUGAGUUGGCCUGACCUAGCGUCCAGUUCAGCGUUUAUUCGAUUGCAAUGUCAAACGGACCCUGGUCGCGGGAGGGGAAGAGACAUCUCCUGAGAAGCACACAUUUGUCUCAUAUUUAUAUGUUGUAAAGUUAAAAUAAAAGUGUUUCAUAUUGUUUGAUAAUUUUACUUGUAUGAUUGCGUCCAGCUGUUUUUGCUCCUAAUCCUACUGACCUCCUUUUUUUUUUUUUUUUGGUUUACCAAUAAAAACGGUGGUUUUGUAUCUUGCCACAAA